AUGGUGGUCGAAAAGACGGACUACCUCACCGGCCGAAACGUGCGCUACCUCCGGGUGGACACGCCUGACCUGCCCUCCUCUCAGCAGCAGAGCCAGGAGGAGGGAGAGGGCGGGGCCGGCGCCGGUGGCGGCGGGGGCACCCCCGCCGCCGCCGCCGCUGCUGCUGCCGGAGCGGGAGCGGGAGCAGGGUCGCGCACGCCGCCGCCGCGGGAAAACGGCGAAGUUGCGUUCGGCGGCGGCGGCGGCGGCGGCGGAUCCGGGGGAGCGAGGUCCGGGUUGGGCAGUAACAUGUCGUCGGGGAAUAGCGGGUGGGCGCCGGCGCCGGCUAACCUCAGCCCGAACGGGUUGUUCGGGGACACAGCGGCGUCGGCGGCGGCGUCGGCGUCGGCUCCGUAG